CCUUCACUCCAACUUUCAUUUUAAUUUUCUCAAUGUGUCAAUGCGCUAGUGCAUUAUAGAUGAGAAAUCACCAUGCAUUAGGAAGAUGAAGAUUAUCCAUGGUUGUUUUAGGUAUUACGAGACCUCGUGCCUAGACAAUCACUAGAUCACCAAACAAGAGACAUAAUUACUACUAUUGCAGACGAGAAAUCACAAACAAUAGUAUGUCUAUCAGUAAGAUUGAAGCGGGAUAAAUCCAAGUCAUUUGAUCGUAACUCGAUUUGUUUUUCACUAAGCAAACUUGGUUGCACUAGGUGAAGAUACCCUAAGCAUCAUUCCCUUUACUUUGCUUUCAACCACUUUAAGCUACUUCUCUUUACUUUAUGCAUAAUAAACACAUCACUUGAGGCACCUCAACCCCAAUUGAAAACUCGAAGCAUCUAUAGUGGAAAUGAAGUAGACAUUGUUGGAGGUCGUGUGGAAUAUGAUCUUAGAUAUCUGUUGAGCUUAUAAUUAUUUCUUGAGACAAAAUCGUCAGGGAACAAUAUCUUUAGAGCAACUCAUCCAUUUUUGGCGGAAUAAGGAAAUGGAGGUAUUUGUAGGGUCUGGGGGUGAACGGUUCCUGCCAGACUGGAGCGAUCAAGGUGGGGCCAUUAAUCUAAAAAACGAUGAACAAAUAUCUUUCUUUAUCUUUGGUAAUGUGUCGUGAGGAACAAGGAUUUGGUCAAGUGGUAUCACCACUGGUCUUGAACAUUGAGGCCUCAGGUUCGAAUCUCUUAAAAAGCACCUAACUAUGAAACAAACCUAUCUAUAUCACACUUAUAAAGAAAAUAAUAAAGCUCUGUUAUGAAUCGCUUCUAAGUCAAGUGGUCAAUCGUCAUGUAUCGUUCAUCCAGCGAGGGGUGGAGUGAUACACGUCGUUUCGCCUAUAUGAAUCAAAUGCUUCUAGCGUGAACAAUGUUGAUCACUUGUAAGUGCAUUGUCAUGCUAUUGAUCGCUUUUCGUGUAUCCAUACCAUUUUCCAUACCUAUUUGAGUUUCGGGUAUCCACAGUUAUUUAUGAGUAAUAAUUUCUCUUUAUAACUCAUAACAACAUGUUAAUAUAUACACGUAUACUCACAUUACAUAGGUGAAAAAGUACUAUAAUAAUUCAUUAUAAUUAAGAAAAUUAAUUUCAAACAACAUAAUUUCUUGAAAAUAUUAUAUUUGUAUGCUAAAUAUAAAAUAUAUUAAGAAAAAUUAUGAUUUAUUUCUUGAUAAAAUGCAUAUGAAUGUGUAUAAUUAAGCGGAUUCUGGUUGGUUAGUGACAAAAUCAUGCUCAUCCAUUAUCGACAAUAUUCAGAUUAGUAUCUUACUCGUAGCCACUAAAAAUCUUUUGGAUUCCAAUUUAAUACUAGCCGAUUACAUCGGACUCGAGGAAAUAUCUAUGAUUUAAGAUAUUUUUGCCAUCGCUGUCCAUAUGAUAUUGACAAUUCGUAGAACAACUUUUUACAUUUUGAGGGGGAUUAGAACAACUCGUUGACUACAGUUGCGAACUUGCGAGUUACACCGCGCUGCUCCUGGUGGUGACAUCAUAGCACCGCUUUGAACUGCAAAAUUGGAUUUGUUCUAAAAUGUAAAAUCCACUUUGGCUUUCCCCCGCCAAACCUCACCGUUUUCGCUUUACUGUUCUCACGAACUUCUCCGAUCUUCUGCCAGUCUGCCACCCUAAUAGAAUAGAGAAAUCAUCUGCCGCUGAAUUUUAGAGGGUUUUCGAAAUUUCCUACCGCCAGCGGUUCCAGAAGAAUCGAAGGAUUACAUUUAGCAAGAUGAUUCGAUCGGCGUUCAGACUAUCCCGAGCUGCAACCACCGUCGCAAGGACGGCGCAUUCGGGAUUCAACUCCCGCAAGCCAGCAAUUGUUGCCCCAUCGGCGGCGGCGGCGUCACGGUCGCUUCACGAGAAAAUCGCCGGUCCCAAUGCCAACCCAGUUGCCAUUCAGAUGAUAGACUACGCUCUCUCCCUUCCGCGCGUUCAAAAGUCAGAGGAAUCGUAUGGGGAAGCUAUGCUGGUGCUGGAGCAGUGCCUUGCUUCGCAGUCGAGUGAUGUUGAAGAUUUUGUGACCCAAAACUCCAAGGGAAUGGUCCUACUCGCCAUGGCCAAUCUCUCGUUUGACAGGGGGGACUUCAACGAGGCAUUGGAGCAUCUACGGAGAAGUCAUGAGCUGGAGAAGACAUCUUUGGGUGUUAAAGUUGCUGCAUUGGAAGCUCUUGUUGGACUGAGCUUGGAGUUGGGGAAUGAUGAUGCUUCAUCAGUGCUCGCAGAUAAAUGUUUAGAACUGUUGGAAAAAGACGAGUUAGCCAGUACCAGUGCCGGUUUUGAGGUUGCAGAAGCUCGUGCUAAGGCACUCAAAGGUUUUGUUGAGUUUGUUCGUGGAAAUUUUCAAGCAGCGGAAUUACUGUUCGGAGAAUUACUGGGAAAUGAUCACUGUGUUGGGGGUGCUGCUUUAUCAUAUGGAGAAUUCUUACAUGCCACACGAAAUUUGUCAAUGGCUAAGGAAUUGUAUCAGAAGGUUACUGAAGGAGAGGCUGGGAACAAAGGUUUCAAUGAUAUCAAUGCAUUAGCAGCUUGCAACAUGGCUUCAGAUCAAGUUCAGAUAGCAGCCACAUGUGCCCUGGGACAGCUUGAAGCACACAUUGGGAAAUUUGGCGAUGCGGAAGAAACCUUAACCAAGGCACUGAAUAAGGCUGAGUUACUAUAUGGUCCUCGCCACCCUAGGGUUGGAGUGGUCUUGACUUGUUUGGCACUCAUGUUCCGACAGAAAGCGAUACAAGAGCACUCAAGCUCUCUCUUGAUUCAGGAGGGGCUGUAUAGAAAGGCAAUCGAGUUGCUGAAAGUCCCAUCGGUGGAUUCUGAAGUUAAUCGAACAAUGGGAGCUUGGAGGGACGUUGCAGCCCUUGCAAGAGCUGGCUACGGAGAAGCACUUUGUGUUCAAGAUAACAGAAAGAGUGAAGGAGAGAAGAUGAAAAGUUGGGCAGAAGCUCAUUGGAGAAACAGCCACUUAUCUCUUGCCGAGGCGCUCAGAAUCACUGAAUACUCCAACAGAGUUCCAGUGAUUGAUGCUCGAACUGGUAGAGCUCUGUAACUGUAAGCUCAUGUUUUCAAAGCAGAAGAAUAACAGCUGAAUGCUACUUGUUGUACACAAAAUGAUGUAACCAUUAGAGACAUCUCUUUGAAGAAAUAAACUCUUCUGUA